UUUCAGAAUUGUGGAUUAAAACUACAUACUUUAAAUCGGUCAAAGAAUUCGCAUACACGCACUUAUUAGUGUUUCAUUGAGGAUGAAAAGGGAACUGUCAAUUAAUUAAAUAGCAGAUACUUUUAAGAGAACUGUUUUACUACAUGUUCCCAUGUCGAGAGCGAUAGUAAGAACAGUCGGCGACCAGUGCGCCGAUUGUGGAGCUUCAGAGCCAAGUUGGGCUUCAAUUAACCGAGGUGUGCUGAUCUGUGAUGAGUGCUGCAGUGUACAUAGAAGUCUUGGUCGCCACAUUUCCCAAGUAAAAUCCUUGAAGAAGGGACAAUGGUGUCCUACACAGCUGGGGAUGGUGCAGCAUCUUGCCAGUCAUGGGGCCAACAACAUCUGGGAGUACUCGCUAUGGGACCCAUCACAGAGGCAUGGUCGACGUAAACCAGCUGCUCGGGACCAAGUGCACCCUGUGAAAGCAGAUUUCAUUCGCGCCAAGUACCAGUUUCUCUCAUUUCUCAACAAGAACAAAGACACAGACGUGACAUCACUUGAUGACAUCAGCCAGCAAUUACACUCAAGUGUGAGAACAAAUAAUUUAGAGACUGUGUUGAGAUUAAUAUCCAAAGGUGCAGAUCCAAACUACUACCACCCUGAGAAGGGCAACUGUCCCCUGCACGUGGCCGCAUGCUCAGGGCAGAUUCUGCAGAUAGAACUUCUAGUCAUAUACGGCGCUGACCCGGGGGCCUUUGAUGCCUUUGGAAAAACACCUAUCGAUUAUGCCAAAGCAGAGGGUCAUGAUGACAUAGCCAGCCGUCUGUUAGAGUGCCAGUAUGAAUUGACAGACCGACUUGCGUAUUACUUGUGUGGCAAGAAACCUGAUCACCAAAAAGGAUCACACUUCAUUAUACCAGAGAUAUCUGACAAUAAUUUGGACAUGUCUGAACUUGCCAAACAAGCAAAGAAAAAAUUGCAGAUGCUAUCCAAUAACCUGUUUGAAGAGCUUGCCAUGGACGUGUAUGAUGAGGUGGACCGCCGUGAGAAUGACUCCGUAUGGCUGUACACGCACGAUCACACAUCCAUAGUCAGUGACCGGCAAGCUGUACCCUUCCUCCCAGUCAACCCAGAGUUUUCAGCCACUAGAAAUCAGGGUCGUCAGAAGCUGGCCCGUUUCAACGCGAGGGAGUUUGCCACCCUCAUCAUAGAUAUAUUGAGUGAUGCAAGGAGAAGACAGACCGGCAUGGUCUCCAACAUCUCGGCCAAAGACAGGAUUGAGAAGAGGGAAAGUCUUCCAGCGACGCCCACCUCCUUCAAGCGUCUUGCCAACAGUUUUGCCAGUGAUGAUGAGCCCCUGUACGACAGCGUGGCAUCCGACGAGGACUACAGCAGCGUGGACAAUCUCAGCCUGCACAACGUGAGAACCGAGGAGUCACAGGCCGAGUCCAGUGCACAGGACGCCUACAUGAGGAACGAGGUUAGCUGCCUCACAGAUAAGGAGUCUACCCCUGUACCAGUAGCCUCCCCUGAAAGAAGAAAGUCUAGUCCAGAAGUAGGGGAUCAGGGGGGCGUGGCACCUACGCAUGUGAGUGACGGGGCCAUGAUGGAGUUGAGGCAGGCUUUAAUGCACUCACAGUCUGAGGUGCGACAGCUCAUACAGGCCAACAAGAAUCUGCAGCACGAGGUGGAGAGGCUCAACACUCUGGUCCAUUCAUUGGUCCACGAAAAUGCCAUGUUACGGGAACAACAACAACAAUUAUUGAGGAGUCAAGGUCAAAUGCAUAAUGGGGUUGAAGGUCACGAACCCAUGGGCCGUAUCCAGGGUGUUCAGACAAGGGGGGCAAGGAAUAGUGGUGGGGCACGACCACAAUCUAUGUUUGAACCCCGAAAUCAGGAAAGGUUGUCUCAGAAGUCUCAGAAGAGCCAAUCCAAGGAUGACUUGUAUCCUGUGCAGUCCUCAGGGGAGUACAACACCACAGAGGACAACAAGUCGUCAAGUAACAGCUCGGGUUCGUCAUUCUCUCAGGGCAGUGGGGAGUUGCGUCAUGACUCCCUUGGUUACUAUGACAACCCAGUGUCCCACUACGACAAUCCCCGCUCACUGCCCAUCGAUAAAAGUGCAAUAAGGGAGCAGCCAGACUUUGAGGAGGCUCCCCUUGAGGAGAUGGAGGGCUACCCCUCACUGGAGAUCCUGAUGCAGAAAACAGAGAGAAUCACCAAGAAAAUACAAACACUACUUUUAUCAGCACAGGAAAAUAACAUUGCAAGUUAUGGUCCUUGUGCAGACAACAUCCAUGCUGCCGUGUUAGAAAUGGCAGAUGUCUUCCCUGAGACUCCCUACUCUGAGAGUGUCAAGUGUGCCCUGCAUUUACUGAUGUCCAGCGCGGUGCGUCUGCAGGAAGAAUGCGCCGAGUGUUCAGAAGUCCCCAGUAAUCCAGAGGAAUUGACCUUUGACCCUUCAAUUAAAACCAAACAAGUGAUGCAGUGUGCCUACGAUAUUGCCAAGUCAGCCAAGCAGCUUGUGACAUUGUUUCAAUGACCUCAGUUGGACUGGCUUUGAUAAGUUGGAGUUGGAGAUUAACACUUCUCAGACACAUAUGUGAACAUGUACUAGUUUAGUGGAUCAAGUGACAUUCUACAAGAGAUUGUGUGAUCUGCUCAUAGUGUAAUGGUGUGAGGGCUCGUCAAUAAGAUAGAUGAUGUGUCUAGAAUUGUGGAUGAGCUGUUCCUGUGAAAGAUUUCUAUGGUCCUGUAAAUCUACAUUUUUGGUCAUGUUGACUAUUCGAAGUUUAACCACAUCCUUAAAAAAUCUGGCAUAAUACUUGUGCGUUUAGUAUCAUCCUAUAUUAGCUUGUGCAGUCAGCACAGGCUAGCCAUAGAAAAAACGUUUUUUAUGGAAUUUUGAGGCUGCACAAUAUUAUGUCUUUGAAGACCGUUGUUCAUGGGUUAUGUGAUUAUUUCCUAUUGGCCCAGUGAUCAUCUUAUGUUACAUAAUUUGUCCUUGUUCCUAAUCAGUAUUUUAUACUCUUCAGUAGACGAAGCAUUUGAAUUGAAGUGAUCACCUUAAGCUGGUCAAAAAACUAUUUUCACUUGGUAUUACAAUCGGAAUUUUUUAAUUGCAAAAUUUCUAUAGAAAUUUUUUUACCAUUUUCAGUUGGUAUUUUGAAAUUAUAAAUCCAAGGUUAUUGAAUUCAAUGUUUCUGCUUUUGAAAGCUCUAUCAUGUCAAGCAGUUAUACAAAUGAGUAACACAUAUUUGAAUUAAAUUUUGGUUUGCUUUAAAGUUAAAACAAUUUAUUAAUUGAAUAGUUCAAUACCAAGCCUGUGUCAUUAGUGUUGAUAAUUUGAAAAUCAGUUUACUUUAAUUUCAGGAGAAUGGCAUUAUGAAAAAUGCAACAUAUUUUUUUAUCAUCAGAUAUAUUAUAGAGAAAACGUUAUUAAUGUGACAAUUUCAAAGUAAAAAACAACAAACUGCCUUAUAUGCUUUAAUGAAAAUUGUAAGAAAAUUGUUACCCAGUUACAUGGCAACUUAAUAUACCAGUAGACGCCAUAGCUUAAACAUGUAUACAGUUUUACUAGAUGAACAAUUGAAAUGUGAGCUUAUUAAAUAGACUGAUCCGAAGACAUUGGAUUAGUUGGCAGUUGUUAGGUUGUAUGCACACUUCAAUGAUACCCAUAAUAUAUCAUCUCAGCAAUCGCACUAACACACACAAUUAUUUACAAUGUGUUAUGACUACAUUUUGUAUGAAUACAUACUUGUGGUUGUGGACAUCUUGAUAUGUGAACAAACAUGGAUUGUUGUCAUUCAAGUCUUCCAUUUUAUAUGGUAAUAACUUAAUGGUAUAUUUACUACAUAACUUUAAAUGUAAUUAUUUGUUAAAAUAAUACAUUGUUUGACCUUCUCAGAAUUAUAAAAACAAUGGACUAACAAAAAUGGAAACAGCAUUUUUUAAAUUUUUUAUUACAGGUACAGCGUAAUAAGUUAUAAAAUAUUUUGAAUUAAUGAAUAAGUGACUAAAUCUAUUCCGAAAUUCUCAUCAAUUUUGUAACAGCUGAUUUUUUUGCCAUAUGCUACAGGAGCAAUACUGUGUUGCUGACUAAUAUGUGUGUUAUAGAAGAUGUGCUAGCACACCACGUCAGUUGUCAUGGAUACAUUGUGUGAGGUUGUAUAUGUACCAGGGCCCUCAUGUUUGGGGUCUGCCCUUUUAAUCCCUCAAACUUGCAAUAUUUUAUUUAUUGUUUAUGCAUUUUAUAUUAUUAUUAUAAUUAUUAUUCUUAUUAUAUGUUCAGUUGAUACUUAAGUAAAUGUUACUGUAUACUUGGUCAUAAAUGUAUUGUAAAUAGCAUAAUCUUUGUCUACAUUAUCAUAGUCAUCGUUUUUAUCGCCUGUGUACUGGCCAUGACGUAUAUAAUAACACAUAGUAUUUUGUUAAGUAUUUAUUUAAGUCAUGAAUUAUCGGCACCCCCUCUUGAUGUGUUGCCCCAUGCUAUCUCUCCAUGUUACCUUUCCUGAACUUACUCUCAGGUGUGUGUUCCCUUCAGAUAUAUAACAAUUAAUCCAAAACCUUAUGGAUAGUUAUAAUGUUUGGUAGCAAUAUAAUAUUCUUUUUAAUGCAUCAAAGGUGGUAUGAAAUGAAAAGGAAAUGAAUGUGUACUAGUCAAAUGAAAAGCCUUCAACAUGUAGAUUAUAUGUAAAAACAAUCAUGUAAAAUAAUUAGAAAAUAAAAAAUAAAAUCAGCUCUUUUUCUAAUAAUUAUUUGCAAUUCUCAUUAAAUAUUUUUAAGAGUCGAUAAGAUGUACAUUAUUUCGACCUUUCAAUACUUGUGCAUAAUUAGAUUAAAAGGUGUAUUUUUCAUGUGCAUGCUCUUAUUGUUUACAUGCUACAGGAACAAUUUUAUAUUGAAAUAAAUGAGUCAGAUAUA